AUGUUGGAUAGAUUUUCCAUAAUUAUUCUUUUCACAUAAAUGUUUGGCCAAUCAUGUAAAGUCAUCACUAGAGCUGCUAAUUAUGUAUUUUACCAAGGAAAAAGCUCAUCUUUUGAGACUCUUUAGCAGUAGUCAUUUACUCUUAUGGUUGGAAUGCUAUUAAUGAGGGAGUAAAAAUCAAGCUAUCAAAGAAAACUAGUUAGAAAAUGCAUCAGCUUACUUAUGUUCAUCUACUUGGUUUUCUAUAUAAGUCUAUUUGUUAUCACUGUAAAUGUAAUUCAAUAUUACUAUUAUAUUGAUGCGAUUCUUGAAAAAAUAACAGUUUGGACAGAUAACUCUUUCGUAUAUUAUCUGCUCACUUUUAUGGCUGGCUAAAUGCUAUUAGUCUAUGAAGGAACUGAUUUUAUUAAUGGAAUUUUGAUCAUGUGCUUAUUUUACCUCUUUGGAAAAAAUGAUUAUAGUAAGAAAAAGGCUAAAAUCCAAACUGGGGGUAAUAUAAAAAGAGAAUCAACCUCUGAAAAGCAAAAUGAAAAUGAUCAAAGAAUAAGUGGUAAUUCAGCUUCAACAGCUGACAGUAACAAUAAGUUAUCUGAAGUAAAAAAGGAUCGAAUUUCUCUAUAUAAAGAUUUGACUGUGUAUUAUGAGUAGACAAAUGAAAUAGACGAUGGAGAUGACGAAGAUUCUCUAUUUAUCGAAAACUACGAGGAUGAUGAAACUGAGAAUUCUAACUCCUUUUCAAAUGCAUCAAGUCUUUAAUACGAAAAUUUUAAUAUUAGAGAAAAUCUUGAAAGUGAAACCCUAUUUAAAAAGGCUGGUAUUCAGUGA